AUGAUUAUCUCAUUCCAUAUAAUCAAUGUCGAUAAUCAUAAAUUUGCUCAUCCUAGUGCAAAGUUAAUGAGAGUGAGUGGUGAUCCACAUCUAGGUUAUAUUAAUGUUCGUGCUCCUCCAUACAAUGCUACAGGUGACGGUGUUACCGAUGAUACAAAUGCUAUUCAACGUGCAUUAAAUGAUGCUGGUAAUAUGGGUGGUGGUAUUGUGUUUGCUCCUCAAGGAAAUUAUUUAAUUGCUAGUCAAUUAAUUAUACCAGCUGCAACAGUCUUACAAGGUGUUGCUUCACAUGUUCAAAAACAAUGGGGUAACCCAAGUACAAAGACAAUAUUUGGAACAACACUUUUAGCUAUUGUAGAUGCUGGAAAUGAUACGGGUUUACCUUUUAUUAGUUUAGCUGGUGAUAGUAGUGGUAUAGAAGGUUUACAAAUAUUUUAUCCUAAUCAAGUUGCAAAAAAUCCACCUAUUCCUUAUCCAUGGACAAUUAGAUGUGGACAAAAAGGAUUGAGUAUUGAAAAUAUUUUUGUUAAAAAUGUUCUAUUAGUAAAUUCAUGGAAAGGUAUUGAUGCUGCAACAUAUCAAGCACCUCGUCAUUGGUUUGAAAAUGUUUAUGGUCAACCAUUAUUACUAGGUAUAACCGUUGAUCAAUGUUAUGAUAUUGGAAGAAUUAAUCAUAUACAUUUCUGGCCAUUUUGGUCACAAGAUUCAGCAUUAUUAGAAUGGAUUAAUAAUAAUGGUGUAACAUUUUUAUUUCUAAGAACAGAUUGGGAAAUAGUUGAAGAUGUUUUUAGUUGGGGUUAUCAAACCGGUAUGGCUUUUCGUACAAGUUCAUUUGGAGCUUGUAACGGACAAUUUACAGAUAUUAAUUUUGAUAAUGUUGAUAUUGGUAUUGAUGUAUCAUAUACUCAAACAUGGGGAAUUAUGUUUUCAAAUUUAAAUUUAGCUAAUGCAGGUGGUGGUUCAAAUCGUAUUGGAAUAUUAGGACGUUCAAUUAAUGGUACAAAACCAACCGAUGCAAUUAUGGUUGUACGUGGUGCAUCAUUUUGGGGCGUAUUUCAACAGAAUCUUGUUUGGGCACAUGCUGGUCUUAUAUCAAUUAGUGACUCAUUAUUUAGUAUGUGGAAUAAAACAUCUACAUGUAUUGAAAUUCAACGUGGACGAGCAAUGAUUAAUAAUAAUUAUUUUGGUGAUGAUAUUGGAAAUGCUAUGAAUAUUAGUCAUGAUGCUGAUAAAGUUACUAUUACUAAUAAUCAAUUGAAUGGAAAUAGAUUAAUUUCAGUUACUAAAAAAACUAUUUUAAUUGCAAAUAAUUUAGCUUAA